GGAAAUUCCACCCGCAUUCAACGCCUAGGGCUCAGCCGCGGCUGCGCCCGGAAUCCGCGGCCUCUCCUUCGUGACCCCGGAGUGGGUAAGUGACGAGGGCACGGCCAGAAACGCAUUGGCGUCAAGGAAACCACGACCCAUCUUCCUGGAAGGAAACUUGGGGACACUUACGAAGAGAAGACUAGGAAGGACCGGAGUAGAAGCACCAAAGGAGGUAGAAGCAACACGCGGUGUUCUUGAAGAGUUUCCAGACAGAUGUAUUAAAUUCCACAGUGUAUCAGGAAAGAGCAAGACCGAAAAUUGCAGUUGAAUUUAGGAAGGAGGCGGUAAUGGAACUUCAGAAGCAAAAUUUCAGGGAGUAGAAAGGAAAAACAAAGUCAGGAGGAGCCUUGCCGGAGAAGCGGAGAUAGGACAGCCCCAGCAUGAGGGUGGCUUAGCACAGGGAGAGGGGUUGCUUUUUUAUUUUUUUUAGGGGUGCCAUAACAAUGUUGGUGGUCAAAGAGAGGAGAAAUCCAGGUGAACAAAUAGUUGGAAAACAAGAGAGGAGGGAGAUGGGUGGAUAAGGUCAUCUGGAGAAGGUGGGCGAAGAAGAGAUGCAGGAUACAAUAAUUUUCUGGCGUUGUUUGGUCUCCUUGACCCAUGGCUGACUUACCUGCCCUGUAUCCCUGGCUUGAGCCACUGAAGCGAAAAGUCCCAGGGGCUGGAUAUUGUAAUUGUCAAGAGGUUGGACAUACAGGAGAGAGAUUGUAUUUAUAGGAAGAUCUGAAGGGAGUGCUGCCCUGACUCAGGAGAAGAAGCUGAAAAGCUGGAAGGAACAUUCAUUCAGAAAGUUUUUGUUGAGCAUCUAUCUACUACUUGCCAGCUAUUUUUCCAGGUCUCAGGAUACAGCCGUGAACAAAAUACACUCAGAUAGCUGAUGUCUUAAGGGUGUCAUUCCUUUAUUAGCAGAGAGAGAGCAAAACAAUAAAUGUAAUAAGUAAAUUAUUCAGCAUGUCAGAAGGUUGAUUACGUGUUGUGGAGAAUAAAUUCUUAGAAGGGUAAGGAGAUUGGAGUAGGUCUCACUGAGGGGUGAGGGAGUAAGUGUUACGAAUCCGAGUGCAGACAAAGCAGUAGCCUAAGAGGCGUGUGCCCAGGGUGGCUCAACACAGCAAGGAGGCCAGUGUGGCUGGAGUAGAAUGAAGUAAGAUGGGAGUGGAGACAAGGAGGCUAAGUCAGGGAAAUAAGAGGUGGGAACAAGUGGUUUAGAGAAGGGAAUCUUCUAGUGUGAGCCCCAGAUCUGCAGCCUCAGGUGCUGGGAGUUGUUAGAAAUGCAGAUGCUAAGACCUCAACCCCAGCUUUAUUCAAUCACAGGCUCUGGGGUUGGGGACCAGCAAUUCUCUUUUAACAAUUCUUCCAGAUGAUUCUGAUGGGUGAUGAAGUCCAAGAACCACUGUGGGACUUUGUAGACAAUUGUAAGGACUCUGGCCUGUCCCUGCCCUCCAGCCAGAGACGUCUUAUCAGGAACACACCUGUGCUUAAACAAGUUGAGUUCAUUAUUAAUAGUUCUUGCAGUGAGGAAGCAGGUGUUGUGGAGGACCAUUGGGACAGCUUGGUGAGGGUGAGAGAACCUAUUAUAGAAUUUGGGCGAUUUGCGGGAGGGCUCAAGAAAGCCAGGCUUCACCCUUGAUUGGGUGCCGUCAGAAAGCAGGGACAUUUCUGUGACUAGGUAUCUGAAUAAGUAUUGUCUACAAGAUGGACAGACUAGAGUGAGGAUAAAGCUAUACUUAGUAAAGAAGCAGCAGUCACUCAUAAUAGCAGAGAAGGACGUUUGGUAUUUCAUGGCUUGCACAGUGACCUUGCUCUCUUGUCUCUGCUUAGACAAAAUUUUGAAAUGGCCUUGUUGUUGUCUCCCUUUUUUAUAGUCUGACUGACCUUGUCUCAUGUUGGUGUUCUGUGAGAUUAUGUCCCACAGAAGAAUAACUGGGCCAAGCUGUGAGCAUCAGGCCAGCUUCUAACAACCCUGAAGUCUAGCUGUGUCAGACCAGCUCUCAGAUGUCAGGGCCUGCCUCUUCCUUUCUCAGGCUUUUAAUCUGGGAGAAAGAGAAAGCCACUGGGAGGUUUCGAACAGAACAGUGACAUGAUCUGACUGAGCUUUAAAAAAAUAUUAAUAACUCUGCAGUGUUGUGAAGAGGCAGUAGUGUCAGGCAAGAGUAGGCCAGAAGACAAGGUAGGAGGAAGAUUACAGAGAAAAGUUGAUAGAAGGGCUGUUAAGUGCAUCUCAGCCAGAUCUAACCAACCUUAAAACAGUAGAACUGCCAGGGGCUCCAAAUUCUAAUAGAUCCUGCCAGAAAUCUGUGGUAUAAGGUAAAAGAUACCAGUUAGCACCAAGGCCAGAGCAAGAUUCUUCCAUCUUUUAUGAAAGAGCCUUUUAUGGAAGAGGCCUUCCAACCAAACCAAUUCUCUUCUGGUCUAGUCACUAUGCACACUUUAUGCCAGAGAGAGUGUGAGUGAGUGAGUGUGUGUGUGUGUGUAGCAUUUCCUUUGUGGAAGGUAUACUGCUAAGAGUUUUAUGUGCUUUAUCUCCGUUCAUCUUCGUAAGACCCUAUGACCUGGAUAGAAUUAUUACCUCAAUUUUACUGUUAAGAAAAUUGAGGUGUAUUGUUACAUUACCUAUUUUACUUGUUUCUGAGGUUCUGUUGAAUAAGAGAUGUGUUAAUGAUAGCUUUUGGGGGGAGAAGAAAACUACAAAAUUAAACAUACAUACUGAUUUUAACACACCUGUUUGAAAAGAAUGUAAAUGUGAAAUAGAGGAUAUGUGUAUAAUUGUCUCCAUUUUACAGAUAGGGAAACCAAAGACUAAGGUUAAAUUACUGCAGAAGAUGAUGUCAAAGACUAUCUUCCUAAACUACGUGUUAUAGUGCCUCUCACUGUGGGUGAAAUUGUGAUGACACUUUGUGAUUAAUAAUAGUCUAGGAAAUCAGCCAGGUGAUCCACCCACCUCUGCCUACCAAAGUGCUAGGAUUACAGGAGUGAGCCACCGCACCUGGCCUAUCAUAUACUUCUUAAAUGUAUGGAAGUUAACUGUUGUGUUCAUUGACAGCAAUUUUGUAUCUCAGGUCAUCCUUCCUGAAAUAUCCUUUGUAACAACCUAUGUUUUUAUGACCUUGUGAAUUAAAACUGCAAUUUUUCUUAAGCUAAUUCUUUUUGUAAGGAUUUUAUUUUAUUUUAUUUUAUUAUUUUUUGAGACAGAGUCUCCUCUGUCGCCCAGGCUGGAGUGCAGUGCUUCAGUCUCUGCUUAUUUCAACCUCUGCCUCCCAGGUUCAAGCAAUUCUCAUGCCUUUGCCUCCUGAGUAGCUGGGAUUACAGGCACCCGCCGCUGUGCCCAGCUAAUUUUUUGUAUAUUUAGUAGAGAUGGGGUUUCACCAUGUUUGCCAGGCUGAUCUCAAACUCCUGGCCUCAGGUGAUCCACCUGCCUCCUCCUCCCAGAGUGCUGAGAUUACAGGCCUAAGCCACUGCACUGGGCCCGUAAGGAUUUUAUACAGCCUCUGCAUUUUCAUACUGUGUCUAAACUUGCAUACUCUUUUUUUUUUUUUUUUUUUUUUUUUUGAGACAGAGUCUCCUCUGUCACCCAGGCUGGAGUGCAGUGGCGCAAUCUCAGCUUACUGCAACCUCUGCCUCCCAGGUUCAAGUGAUUUUCCUGCCUCAGCUUCCCGAGUAGCUGGAAUUACAGGCAUGCGCUACCACGCCCAGCUAAUUUUUGUAUUUUUAGUAGAGAUGGGAUUUUGCCCUGUUGGCCAGACUGGUCUAGAAAUUCUCACCUCAGGUGAUCCACCCACCUUGGUCUCCCAAAGUGCUGGGAUUACAGGCAUGAGGCACUGCACCCAGCCUGAACUUGCAUACUUUCUUGUCAUCUUUUUGCUUCCCUGGUUAACAAGAAAAAAAUUGGCCAUGAUCAGAAAUUUGUUGAAGAAAAAAAAUUUUUUUCACCACCAAUACAUUUAUUUGCAGGAGAUAGGGUCAAAUCUUACCACUAACUUUUUUUUUUUUUUUUUUUUUGAGACGGAGUCCCGCUGUGUUGCCCAGGCUGGAGUGCAGUGGCGCAAUCUCAGCUCACUACAACCUCUAACUCUUGGGUUCAAGAGAUUCUCUUGCCUCAGCCUCCCGAGUAGCUGGGAUUAUGGGUGCCCACCACCACGCCCAGCUAAUCUUUUUUGUAUUUUUAGUAGACAUGGGAUUUCACUAUAUGUUGACCAGUCUGGUCUCAAACUCCUGACCUCAAGUGAUCCACCCACUUCGGCCUCCCAAAGUGCUGGGAUACAGGCGUGAGCCACUGCACCUGGCCUUAUGAACUUUUAAACUAGGUAGGACUAGACACACUGAUCUGCCUAACGUCUGGGUAUUUAUCCUGCACACAAGGCAUCACCAGUAAACACAUGAGCAUUAGAUGAGGGGGAUGCAUUCUGACUAAUCACAUGAUUGCCUAUUCGGAGGAAGAUACUGCCCUUGUAUCAAAAGUAGUGUUGAGAAAAACAAAGGCAGAGCCUAGCAUUUGCCUCCUAGCACAGGCUGAAACAUGCUAGUGGCCUUGUGCAGAAGAAUGAUGCUUUCAGCUGAGCUGCAAGAUAGGAGCUGGACCAACUGGGGGCUUGGACAGGGGUGGGAUCUGACCUGAUUAGGCUUUCCCCAUCCAAUCUGGGCCUCCAAAAGCCGUUCUCUGGCCCUCUGGACAAGGCAGACUCAGCAAAUCUGGGAGGUAUGGGGAUUCUGCCAAUUCCCCACCUAGCCCCACCUCCCCCAGGUUUGGCAGGCGAUCUAAUCCCCAGGGUGCAGCCCCACCCCCACCUGACCCCACAUCUGGACAAACACAUGGCAAAUAUGGAAACUGAAGCGCAGCUGGGCUGGACCACAUCUGGUUGUUGCUGUGUUGGAGUCAUCUUGCAGAUAUCCUGAGAUAAUCAGGCCUCACCCACAGUGGCCAGGUUGAGACAGCGUUGUUUUUUUUAAAGAUGAUUCAUGUUGCUCCAGGCCAAAGCAUGAUCCUGAUGACACGUGUGGAAAAGCAGGCUGGAGCCUCAGUAGAGCUGGCCCUGCACACUCAGGUACUUACAGCAGUAAAUCCAGGAUUUGAACACCAGGGAGUAAGGAGAGAGCCCAGCCUGCGGCCUGCAGUUGUUCACAGCCAUGAGGCUGCCAACUGGCAGGAAAGGGUAGGUCAGCAUGCUCACUGCGAUCUCCAUCACAAACUUCGUGUAGCUCUGGAUGGUCAGGGCCUGGCCUAACUGGGAACCCCGAUUCUGGUCAUUUCUCAGCCCCCCUAGGUGUCACUCACUCUGUCAUCCACCAGGUAGGCAUUGAUAAAGUGGGCCAGCAGGUUAUAGCCUCACAAGAAAACUACUUCACCCGGGACAUGAGGGAUCAAGCCAACAAAGAAUCCCAGCGGCCCUUCCUCAUUGAAAAUCUUCCCAGUGGAGCUCAGCACACCACUGUACUUCACCUCCCAUCCCACAGAUUAGACCAUGCAGCACAUCAAGAUGGCAUGCAGGGGGUGGGCCAACAUACAGGACGCACACUGCAUCAUCAUCCCCUAGGAGGUCUCCUUCACUGCUUGCUUCAGAGAAGUCUUCAUAUCCAUCCUUAUUGGAAACCUCCUUGAUUUCAUCUGGAGGGAAAACCUUCACGCUGCCCCUGGUUACAAAGGAGAGGGGUCACAUCAGUUGGGGGCUCAGACCUCGGAACAGCCCUGUCUUGCCAUCCAUCACACCCAUGCCCAGUGCCACAAAAAGCUUCAGUGGUCAGGGAGUUGUCUUCAGGACCCAGGACCCAGGACCCAGGACACACCAUCCAUUCUUCUGGCCAAGGGUAGCAUGGAUGUGCGUGGGCAGUCUCAGCCUUCACUGCAAGUUCCUGCUCCAGCUCCUGCUUCUGCCAUCUCCAUGGCACUACCACAAGCCCAGGGCCAGAAAUUUUAACAAUCACAGCAUUGUUUAUGAUGGUAAAAAUUGGGAAAAAAUCUUAGUGCAUAUUAUGCCAGUUAUUUAUUGCCUUUCAGUUCCAAAUCCAUCAUUUAUUGCUUGCUCUACCAUGAUGAAGCUGGGCCCUGUAAGCAUUUCUUCCUCAUUAGUGGACAGGCUAACAUUUUGUCAGUAGAGGGCCUUCGGAGGAUACUACAAGAGGAAGGGCUUUCUCUUCUUAGUUCCAGUGUGUGUCUAUUCCUGAUUCUGUGUGGCUGCCAGUGGCAUGUAUGGGGACUUCUAGUGGCACUCACCCUGUCAAGUAUCAGUGGCUCCACUGCGGACUUCUUCCACACCUGUGUCACUGAGACAAUUGACCAGUGAGUUCCACAAGCACCCAUUGCCAGCUUUAGCCUGCAGCAGCUCAUUAGACCUCUACCGUCCAGUUGGUCAUGUCCACAACUCCUCCAACAUGUUUUGGAUCUCAGCCCUGGAGGGGAGGGGGCUAUUCCAAAUUUAUUUCUUCCUUGGGUACUUUGCCUCAGCUCUAGAGGUAGUGGCUGCUCCCUAUAUAUGCUAUUCCUGUAAUAUGUAACACUUUCUACCCCUUCUAUAGUCGGUCACUUGCUCCUAGUUGAUAAUUCUCUUUAUUAACAUUUUCAAAUUACUGUGUGGUUUUCUGUCUCCUGACUGGACUUGACCUACUGUAUCGUUGGGAGCAAGAUGAAAUAAACUAGAAUAUUAUGCAAGAAUUAAAAAAGAAUAACCUAAGCUAGGCACAGUGGCUUAUGUCUGUAAUCUCAGCCCUUUGGGAGGACGAGGCAAGAGGUUUACUUGAGCCCAGGAGUUUGAGACCUGCCUGGUCAACAUAGCAAGACCCUGCCUUUACAAAAAAAAAAAAAAAUUAGCCAGGCAUGGUGGUGCACACUUGUUGUCCCAGCUACUUGAGAGGCUCAGGAGGGAGGAUCGCUCGAGCCCAGGAGUUCAAGACUGCAGUGAUCUGUGACUGUGCCACUGCACUCCAGCCUUGAUAACAAAGCAAGACGGUCUCCAAAAAGAAGAACAUACACUUCUGCUUCUGCCUGUGAAGGAUCAACUGUUACAGAAAUUACCUUCUCUUCAUAAAUAGAAAAUUGCACAAAACAUGAAAUAAUUGUUUUCAGAUCUUGUACAAGAGACAGGACAAGACUGUGUACUUUGAGAGAAAGGAAACCAGUGAAGGUGAGUCCUACAAUUGCUCCAGCCAGGAGGCAGUUUUCAGACUGUAGCACAGAAAGGAGUUACCCAACUGAGCAUUUCACUGAGUUGAAGAGAAAGAUAGCAAAAUACAGCAGAGGCCGGAAUUUGCAGGAUGGAGUGCUAAGAAGAGGGAUCUCCAUGGAGAAAGCUCUGUAGAUUUCCACAGGGGCCCUUAUAAGUCUUUGGCUGAGUUCUGUCUGCACAUAUAUGGGAUAAAACUUGAUGAGGCCUGGAAAAGAUCCACCCAAAAGCAGUCGGCCAAACACUUCUUGGAGUUCCUGAAGGGCAGGGAAUUGUGGAACAUUCCACAGAUUUGGAAGAUCUAUGCUGGGCACAGUGGCUCACACCUGUAAUCCCAGCACUUUGGGAGACCGAGGCGGGCGGAUCACCUGAGGUCAGGAGUUCGAGACCAGACUAACCAACAUGGAGAAACCCUGUCUCUACUAAAAAUACAAAAUUAGCCGGGCAUGGUGGUGCAUGCCUGUAAUCCCAGCACUUUGGGAGGCUGA